GGCGGACCUCUCAACUAAGCUUGAGGGAAGCAGGGACUUCCGCCCCCACGCCCCGCCCACAGCAGCCAUGGCCCCGCCCACGGGGCCGCCUCGACCCGGCGAUUGAAGCAGGCGGCUGCUUCUCAAUGGCGUCAGACCUCAGGGUUCGGUUGUGACCAGGAAGGCGCUGGAGGCUCAGAGCCUGGGGGAAGGGGACUUGCUGCAAGUUGGUUCGUGCUGGGGCUUAGCUCCCGGGUAGUGACAGCACCCAGUGUUUCCUGAAGGACCAUGUCAUUAGACUUUGGCAGUGUGGCACUGCAGACACAAAAUGAAGAUGAAGAAUAUGACAAAGAAGACUAUGAAAGGGAGAAAGAGUUGCAGCAGUUACUCACGGACCUUCCCCAUGAUAUGCUGGAUGAUGACCUGUCUUCCCCCGAGCUCCAGUAUUCGGACUGCAGUGACGACAGCGCAGAGGGAGAACCACAUCAUUCAGAGCAGUUGGAAAUGAACUGGAAUGAAUGCCAAGUGCUGCCUAAACCUCAGAGUGUGAAUGAAUUCAAUGAGAUUCGGGAUAUGUAUAUUGGAGAACAAAAUGUCAAUGGCUGGGGAGAGAAUCAGAAUAAAGCCAAAGACCAGCAUCCUGGAUACCAUCCUGGAGAAGGCGGAGACGAAGGUGGAAGUGGUUAUAGUCCUCCAAGUGCAUAUGACCAAACUGAUUUAUAUCAUCUUCCUGAAAACUUUAGGCCAUAUUCCAAUGGCCAGAAACAGGAAUUUAAUAAUCAAACAGCCAAUGUGAUUAAAUUUUCAGAGCCUCAAAGGAAUCAUUUUCAGCCAUUUGGUACAUCACAAGGCCCGAGCUGUCAAGCUUUAGAACCAUAUAAAGUCACAUAUAAGCCUUACCAGCCUUCUGUCCAGAACAACAGUCCACCAGCCCAGGACGUAGCAGGUGGUGACACAUUUGAAGACCUGCAGCAACAAUUUUUAGGAGCUAAUGAAACAGAUUCUGCAGAGAAUAUGCAGAUCGUUCAGCUUCAGGUUCUCAACAAAGCAAAAGAGAGACAACUAGAGAAUUUAGUUGAGAAGCUAAAUGAAAGUGAACGCCAAGUAAGAUAUCUCAAUCAUCAGCUUCUAAUAAUCAAAGAUGAAAAGGAUGGCUUGACCCUCAGCCUGCGAGAAUCACAGAAACUCUUUCAAAAUGGAAAAGAAAGAGAGAUACAGCUUGAAGCUCAAAUAAAAGUGCUGGAGGCCCAAAUACAAGCAUUAAAAGCCAAUGAAGAACAGAUGAUUAAGAAGUCCCGAACAACUGAAGUGGCUCUGGAAAGCAUGAAACAGCAGCUAAUGGACCUUCAUCAGUCUGAUUCGCUCCAGCGGGCCAGAGAGCAGCAUGAGAACAUUGUUCGGGGCCUCACUAUGAAGUAUGAAGAGCAAGUGUCCUCUUUACAGAAGAAUCUGGAUGCUACCGUCACUGCACUUAAGGAACAGGAGGAUAUUUGCUGCCGUUUAAAAGAUCAAGUGAAACAACUGGAAAGGAAUCAAGAAGCAACUAAGUUAGAAAAGACUGAAAUCAUUAACCGGUUGACCAGGAGCCUCGAGGAGAGUCAAAAGCAAUGCGCUAACUUAUUGCACUCAGGCUCAGUGCAGGAGGUGGCUCAGCUACGGCUGCAGCUGCAGCAAGCACAGAAGGCACAUGCUAUGAGCGAGGACAUGAACAAGACCUUGCAAGAAGAAUUAACAGAACUAAAAGGGGAAAUUUCUCUCUAUGAAUCCGCUGCAAAACUUGGAAUACUUCCAAGUGACUCAGAAGGAGAAUUAAAUGUUGAACUCACUGAAUCGUAUAUGGAUUUGGGCAUUAAAAAAGCCAACUGGAAAAAAGCCAGAGUUAAGAGCAUUGUGCAGCAGAAAGAUGACAGUGAAGAGCUUCCCAAAGACGAGGUCAUUUUGAAGCUCAAAACGGAAGUGCAACACUUGCUGGGGAGCAACUCAGUGAAACGUCACCUUGUGUCUCAGUUACAAAGUGACCUCAAAGACUGUCAGAAGAAACUUGAAGAUCUCCAACAAACAGUGAAGGAGAAUGAAAGAAGCACUGAGGUUGAGACAAAGAUCUACACCCCAGAAAGAACAACUAAUCAAUUAUGGCCUGACUCUUCGACUCCUGAUAUCACAGUCAAAGGUGAUAUUCUGCAACUAAAAAGUGAAAUUCAAGUUUUACAACAGCAAAACCAGGAACUUAAAACAACUGAAGAAAAACUAAGAAGUAAAAAUCAAGACUUAUGUAAUCAAAUGAGACAAAUGGUACAAGAUUUUGACCGGGAUAAGCAAGAAACUGUGGAUAGAUGUGAAAGGACUUACCAACAGCACCAUGAAGCUAUGAAAGCACAGAUCCGUGAAAGCCUGUUAGCCAAGCAUACUUUGGAGAAGCAGCAGCUCUUUGAGGCCUAUGAGGGGACUUGCUUGCAACUUAGGUCCGACUUGGACAGGAUGACUAAGGAGAUGACUGCAGUGCAGGAGUGUUACCUGGAAGUGUGUAAAGAGAAGGAUAAUCUUGAGUCGGCUCUCAGGGAGACCGCUGAAAAGGAGCAACAGGCACAGGAGAAGAGACAGCUACUGGAGGAAAGAGAAGCAUUUGUAAGCAGACUGCAGAUGGAACUUGAAGAAAAGCGCCGAGACACCCUUGUGACGGAGAAGAGCAAGUGGCUGAAAGAACAAGAAGUCAUUGUUAGACACAAGGUUGAAAAAGAAGUGAAGUUAGCGAAAGCACACUGGGAAGAGGAAAAGAAAAAGGUCAAACAAGAACUUACGCAAGAGCUUGAAAUGGGCUGGCAGUCUAAACUGGACCAAGCUAUACAGGCAAUGAAAAAGAAGACUUUGGAUUGCUGUAGUCAAACUGACCAAGUAACCAUCAUGGAGCUUCUUUCCAAGGAAGAGAUGAUGGUCAUUAUAGAAGAGCAGAAGAAUAAGCUCCAUCAAGACUUGGAGCAUGAGAAGGAAAUAGCAAUCAAGGGGCACUUAAAGAAACUGGAGGCUGAAUUGGAACUCAGAUAUUGUGCGAAUAUUGCCAAACAGGUAGAAACAGCUGUGCAAAAUGCCCGCCAUCGAUGGCUGGAAGAACUGCCUGAGCUCGCUGAGUAUAAAGCUCGAGUAAGAGCGGAACAAAAGAAGUGGGAGGAACAGCAAGAAAUCUCUGUGGCCAAACGGAUAUUGUUUGCUGUUUCUGAAGCUAAAGAGAAAUGGAAACGUGAAGUUGAAAGUAUGAAGAUGAACAUAACACCUGGGAAGGAGUUGGAAGAGAAGAUUCUUUCUCUUCAGAGAGAGCUGGAGUUAAAAACUGAGGAAACCCCUGUGGUUGUGAGGGCCGAGUUGGCUAAGGCCCGAAAUGAAUGGAACAAAGAGAAGGAAGAAGAAAUCCACAGAAUUCAAGAACAAAAUGAACAUGAUUACCGGCAGUUUUUAGAUGACCAUCGAAAUAAAAUUAAUGAGGUGCUUGCGGCUGCUAAAGAGGACUUUAUAAAACAGAAAACCGAGCUCCUUCUUCAGAAGGAGACAGAAUUACAAGCCUGUCUCGACCAGAACCGUAGAGAAUGGACUAUGCAGGAAGCCAGACGGAUCCAACUGGAAAUUUGUCAGUUUGAAGAAGAUGUCCUGACUCUACUGGAAUUCCUCUUAAAGGACACCCAGAAGGAGUAUGCCGGAGCUUCAGAGAGCAAACAGACUUUGGAACUCAUGCCGCGUUGUUCAUCAAAAUGGAUAUCUGUGCACUACUAUGAAAAACUGAAGGCCUGCAUACAGAAAGCAUUUCAAGAUAUACUCACAGUAAUCAUAGAAAAUGCCAACCCAGAAUGGGAAAAGAGAUAUAUGGUCAAGAUCACUGGGGUCACUGGCAGAGGAGACCCUGGAGUCCCUGCACCCACUUCUGGACACCACUUCCAACCCUUGGCCUUGCAAGAAACAGAAGCAGAAGCUGAUAAGGAAAAGAUCCUUGAAAUUAAAGACUCAUGCUGUGGACACUGCUUCCAAGAACUUGAAAAGGCAAAGCAGGAAUGCCAAGAUCUGAAAGGAAAACUGGAGAAAUGCUGUAGGCAUCUUCAGCAUUUAGAAAGGAAGCACAAAAAUGUAGUGGAAAAAAUCGGAGCGGAGAAUAAUAAAGUUGUUGAAGAAUUAAUAGAAGAAAACAAUGACAUGAAGAUUAAAUUAGAAGAACUCAGAACACUUUGUAAAACACCACCAAGGUCAUUGUCAGAAGGAGCCAUUGAAAGCACUUGCCUGCCAUUUAAUAGGGAGGCCUUGGAAGAACUCCGUGGGCAGUACAUUAAAGCUGUAAAAAAAAUAAAACGUGACAUGCUUCGCUACAUUCAGGAGAGCAAGGAAAGAGCUGCAGAGAUGGUCAAAGCAGAAGUACUGCGAGAAAGGCAAGAAACUGCCAGAAAGAUGCGCAAAUAUUAUCUGAUUUGCCUCCAACAGAUUUUGCAAGAUAAUGGGAAACAGGAAGGGGCUGAGAAAAAGAUUAUGAAUGCUGCUAGCAAACUUGUUGCAAUGGCCAAAUUGCUGGAAUCGCCUAUUUCUAAUAAAUCCCAGAGCAAAACUACACAGUCAGCACAACCUGUGACUUCAGAGAUGAUGGGAACUGAAAAGCCAAAACGAAAUGACGUGAACCAGAAUAUACCAUAUCACACUGAAAGCAAAUCCAGCAGCGUAAAAACUGUCCCCAGAAGUAUGUGUGACCAGGUCCCCAAGAGGAGGACAGCUUGUAACUUGCAGAAACGGUUGGAAAAUACACAGCAGGGGGACAUCAAGCAUGUGGGUCCCAAAGGGUCACAUUCAGAUAUUCAGUUUGGGAAUGGCAGUUACAGACACCUGGAUGCUUCACCACAGGGUGUUACUCCUGAGUUUGUUCCUUGCGAAGGCGAAAGCUUGGCUUUGCACUGGAAGAGAGAGCUGGGUGACACUAGCUCUGAAUCACUCCUACACUCAGACACUUCCCCUUUUCUUGGAUCUGGUAGAAAUAAACCUUCAUUGAGAUUCACAGGCAUCUCUGAAACUGGAUGUACACAGAUACCGUUCCAAGAUCCUAACGAGAGACUUGGCUUGAAAGUAUACAAGGGUGAUCCACUCACAGAAAAAGAAAACAUCCUAUCUGAGACUAUUAAAAGCUCAGGUGUGCAGGAAACUCCCGUGAAGGACGGAGGGGAUCUCAGUGACUUGGGGAGCUGGCAUUCCAACUGUGUCACACCGCUCUGUGACAGUCCCGAAGGGUCAUUUUCACAUGGUGGACCCCAAGAAAUCCUAGAUAUGCUCACAGAAUCUGUGGAUUUCAAGCCAUUUUCAGCAAUCAGUUGUCUUUCUGAUUCAGAGAAAAAGAACGUAACGUCUCAACCAGUGAAGUGUCCACGAGGCCCUGCUUCAGACCUGUCACAGGGAGGCAUGAAAUGCCAGCCAGGGAAGAUCAGUCCAAGUCAUCAGAGGGCUGAUAUACUGAAGUCAGAACCCAAACCACUGAGCAGCAUGCUACCAUCUUCCUUACACUGGCAGCCUGCCCAAAACAUAAUCGCUCCUCUAUCAAGCCAACAAGAUAGUGGCUUUGAUAGCCCUUUCAUCAACUUAGAAUAACUGCUGUACAGUAUCUAAGAAGAAUCAUUAAUAUAAUAAGGGUACAGGGAAGGAAGGCUUAAUUCUGAAAACAUGUGGCCUCUGCCUGUUUUGAGAUGGCUUAAUAACAUACGACUAUCGCAUGAGUAAAGUAUUCUCAUAAAAUUACUGGAGAACGUUGCAUUAAUCUUCCAACGGCUGGUGUAUGUGUAAUUCUGUUUCUGUGUGGUGCUUGUAUUUGGCUGUGAAACCGUCUUAUUUUUAUACUGCUAAAUUAGUUCUCUGUGGAGUGUUAAAUUAUUUAAAUAAAUAUGUAUGGUCU